AUGAAGGAGAGCGGAGAAGCUGACAUCAGUUUCAAAACACCCAAAUUCUUUUCCGAGACAAGGUUUGCUAACCAUGCAAGAAAGCUAUACGUCAGUUUCCGCGAAGAUUUCCCUGCCAUCAUACGCACCUUGGAGGAAGUUCAGCUUGAAAACAUGGAAGGAAACAGUGACGACAGGAAGAAGGCAACCCACGCAAGUGAUCUCUCAGACAAGAUACUCAACAAGCGGUUUACUGUGAUACUUUCUGGACUUUGUGAUAUUUAUGAAGUUUUUGGUCAUGGCGUCAACAUCCUUCAGACUGUUGAUAUGCUGCCACAUGAUAAAUUUGACCGAUUUCACUCAGUUGUGAUCGGUAAAUUUAAUUUGAUGACUGCAUCUUUAGACCAUGCUACAUAGUUCUAAAUGUCAAUGGCCAAUGCUCCACCGUGAUUUAGAAGAAAUCAAAACACUUGGUUCAUAUCGAGGCAUUCCCAUGGCACAGUCAUAUGGUGAAGAAAUCAACACACGGAUGGGAGAAAGAAGAGCUGCAAGAAAUGCCCGAGAUGAGCAACAAGGUAUCGUCAUUGUCAAGGCACAACAGGAUUUACAAAAGCUAGUACAAAGAAUGUAUGAAUGUCUUCACAACAGGGUGCAUGAUGAAGGCGACAAAUCAAUGCUAAAAACCUUGAGACCAAUCAUUCACGGAUGGGAGAAAGAAGAGCUGCAAGAAAUGCCCGAGAUGAGCAACAAGGUAUCGUCAUUGUCAACGCACAACAGGAUUUACAAAAGCUAGUACAAAGAAUGUAUGAAUGUCUUCACAACAAGGUGUAUGAUGAAGGCGACAAAUCAAUGCUAAAAAACUUGAGACCAAUCAUUGAUCUAAGAUCAUUAGCUUUAAAGGUUAAACAGAAGGGUGCUGCACAUGUCUUAGCCUUGGAUGGAGAACUGUUCACCAAAGUCUCGAAGCAAUUGGCAACUAAUAUUGUUGAUGUGCCAGAUAGCGAAAUUCGUAUUCAAUUUCGAGUUUAUCAGGAGACUCGAAAAACAUGUUUCACAACUCAACGAAGAGGAUCUAUGCAACAUCAAGUUAAUUAAAGUUUUCUUAGAGACCGAAAGGAAGCUGUAUAUCGAUAUUGAAAUGGUAAUGCAUGAUAUAAUGAUAAUGCAUAAUAUCACCUUUAAAUACUGUUCCUUUAGUGUUAUGAAGAGUGCCUCACAGGUUUCUUCCACAAUUGCUGAAAUUGUUCUCUCCCUAAUACGAAACUGGAAAGACAGACUUCGAAAGGUCUCUCCUGCAUAAAAAAAAACUGUUUUAUAUUUUCCUUCUAAGAUAUAGAGAAUAAUACAUGGGUGAGUGGAAAUACCUGAUUUAUUUCGAGUGUUUAACAUGAUAUCUCACGAGUGAGCGCAGCAAACGAGUGAGAUAUCAUGUUCAACACGAGAAAUAAAUCUGGUAUUUCCACUCACCCAUGUAUUUUUCUGUUUACUAUAUAAAAAAAUUCAGUGAAAAACAAUAAAACGUCUGUGGCAAUGCGUUUUACAACAAAUGAUAUUUUCACACGUAAAAAUAUCGUAUUUUUUAUGUGUGUUUAAAUACGAUUUUUCUCAGUGGCCAAAAACUCUAUAUAACACUUAUGUUUAUAUAAUAAAUUAAUUUUAUACAUGGUCCCUAUAAUAUUUGACUAUAGAUGCAUGUUCCAAUUGCAUCAAACGUCGUCACACAGUCAACUGAGAAAUAAAUAUUGAACUUAAAAAUGAAUAAAUAUUGAAAUUAAAUGUACUGUAGUAGUGCACCAUUCCAUUUGACAUACCCCCAGUGGAUGAGGUUUUCUGAAGGGUGGUGUGAAAUAAACACAUUUCUAUGGGUUGAAGUAAAUGAAUUUUCAUAGAAAAGGCCAUUUUUCCAGAUGACUCGAACUGCCCAUAAAAUCUCAUACCAAACCACAAGCUGUCUGUAGAAAACUGCGCAUAAGAACCUAUAAAAUAUAUAACAUUAAAUAAAUGUGCGUGCACAAUAUGUUAAUGCUUGUUUAAUAACAACAUCGGCAUACUUCAGGGUUAACAGCAAUGACCACAUUCACACCUUGUAAAAAAUACAAUUCAUUACUGAUGAUGUUGAAUGGCUACCUCGGUCUCCAGACUUGACACCAUGUCAUGGGGAUACAUCAAAGACAAAGUAUUUUCAAGUCCACCUUGCAAUAUUGACGAGUUGCGACAAAGAAUCAUUUGCGAAUGUAAUACUUUACGAGAGCAGCCUGCCCUUGUUACUUGGGCAAGUUCGCGAUAUGCACAGGCGAACAAUGGUUUGCGUUGCAAGAGAAGGGGGGACAUGUUGAAGGUCAAGGCGCUUGAUUUUUCUGUAAAUAAUCACACUUGUAAAUACUGUGAACACUAUCUUGCUAUUUGUUUGAUGCGUGCAAUUUUCCUGGCUGAAACAGCUUAUAAGUACAUAUUGAUUAAAACCAAAUUUUGAAUAGGCUGAAAUAAUUGCUUGCAUAAAAUUUUAUGUCAGUUUUAAUGUGGCCACCGCGGUUUAGUACUUAAGUUCGUUUUGUCUGACAUAAAAAUAGUUCUGCUGAUUAUGUUAUGUCAAUCAUUCAUGCACUCGUGGGAUUAGCUUAGUGCUAGAGCAUUCAAAUAAUGCUUUAAUUUCAAUGCUUUCAGGGUUUUUUGGGACACCCUGUAUAUGUACCAUCAGCAACAGUACACUGUAUGCGAUUUUUCUAAUUCAAAAUAUUUCUAUAAAAGACAUCAGAAUAGAUGAACAGGAGUUAUGUAACAUUACACUUAUCCCACAUAUUACAUGUAAGGCAAACGUAAUCUAAACGUAAACAUGCUGUAUCAACAUCAUGCGAUUUAAUUUAUUUAAAUAUUGUGUAGUGACAUUUUAUGGUGGCUGCGCCCACAUCGCACCUUACUCUGGAAGUUCCAAAACAGAAACCACAAUUAUAGCUGCUGACAGGCUAACACAACAUUGUUUGUGAAAAAGCUAUAAAGGCCCACAAACAAAUGUUCUUGCUUUAUUGCAUACAAGCCGAAGGUAAAAACAUGUACUGCCCGGUAUACAGUUGUAAUAGUUAUGACCCAAGUUGGGAUACAUUUCUUUUCGUUUUCAAGUGGAAAAUCGAUAUCCCAGCAAAACAGAAGAAAGAAAGGGAUGGAUUUAAUUCUGCAAAUGCAAAGCAUUUAAGCCAUAAUUGUUCAGUGGAGUUUUGAGUAUUUGCAUGUGGCAAGCAAGCGCAUUAAUUCAAUACACUUAUUUCAAAAUAUAGUUCAUUAUUUUUGAAAAAUGUUGCGAGUUUAUGACCGUUUUGCUUGCAUGAUACACCAUUGAAAAGCUCAAAUUUCAUGUUCUAUUUUUGUAUCUGUUGCUAGGCAACCCGAUAACAUGUGCUCAAAUAUCAUGCCCGCAAGUUGAGGUGUCAUUUGAGGGUGCAUGCUGGCAUUGUCCCUUACCCACUUGCCAAUCUCAGAGCGCAUUGCAUGCUAAUAACAACAACAAUAACUUUCGUCAGUUGAAUAGUUUGAAAAUGUAUUUGGAAUAGGUUUAACUUAAUGUUUAAGUUCCCUGUUUAAGAAAUAGAAAACAUACGAGUCUUCUCAUUUUGUGGGAAUAUCCUGAGCAUGCAAUCACAGCUUCAAUUUUUGAAUGGCAGAAUAAUUAGAUGUACUAUCUAGUGUAUAUAAGAUAUCUAUGUUUCUGUCUGUAUUUCAGAUAUUUAAUAAAGGGAAUUUGAUUGAGCACUGACUGACUGUAUUUCAAAUGUUUAGAAUCUGUGCAGUCUCACUCUAAAAGGUGCAACUUGGCAGCGGAUGUGAAUAAGUUUAAAACAGGAUUUGUGCAGCCACUGGCACAUGUUACUGAACCUUGAUCAAAAUUCAAUACACAAGAAACAAACUUUCCAUGCUGGCAAAAGGAGUACUCCCAAAUCGAAAAGGACAGUGCAACAUUCUGAACCUAAUUACUCCUCAUAAGUUCUUUGCAUGAUUGCAUGGCAAUAAAAUAUAUAAUACUUUUCGGUUUGUGGAAACACCACGUAAAUAAAUAAUUAAAUAAUAAAUAAAUAAUAAGUACAGCAAUAAAUUUUUUUGGUGUUUCCACAAACCGAAAAGUAUUAAAUAAUUACUCCUCAUUCCAUUCACAGAAUCACUGGUUUAUUGGAGCAAUGUAAAGCUUUAAACUCUAUUACCUCAACUUAGAUCAUCCUUCGCAUAGCCCUUUGCUUUUAAAGUUCAUAAUAAGUAUUGCUUUACUAACAGUAACAAUACAAAACAAGUAGAUGAGAUAAUGAGAAAAUCAUCAAGUAAAUGAAGUAAUUUGUCGAUAAGCAGCUUUUCCUGAGCAAAAGUCCAACAUGAGCUCAAGCAGCCCAUGGGCAUAGCACGGUCAUAGUAAUAAAAUUUGUGCCAUUUGAUGGCUAAAAGGUGGUAAUCUGCCGGAUUGAUAGGUAUAAUUCGAAAUGCAUUUUUGAUGUCAGUUUUGGCCAACAAACAACCAGGACCACCUUGUUUUAUAAGUCGAAUGGCAUCAUCAACAGUGGCAUACCGAACCGACGUUUCAAUGUCCGGUAUCCCAUCAUUGACUGAUGUACCGUUUGGAAAGGACAAAUGAUGAAUCAUGCGAAAAUCGCCUGGUUGCUUUUUAGGAACCAGGCCUAAUGGUGACACACAAAAAUAUUUAAGUGGCGGCGAAGUAAAAGGACCAGUAAGCCGACCUGCCUCUAAUUCCUUGUUUAAUUUUGAAUCAACUGCCUUAGGAUUGUCCAAAGCUGAUCGCAAAUUGCGGGCUUUAAAUGAUCGUUCAGCCCCUUGAAAAUGAAUACGAAAACCAAAUGAAAAACCAAACAUUAAAUUAUCAACAAGAUGUGGCUCAUAGCCAUCUAAUAAAAGUUCUAGAUUAGACACUUUUACUGGUGUUGGCAACGGAGGGCAAAACAGGCUUGGGCGAUCGUUGAGUGAAAAGCACGAAGCCAAUCAUUGAUAUUUUUUAUUUGUUUACCGGAUUUUGCAGUCAGUUAUAAAACAAGUGAGGCAGGCCGGCCAGCGUCUGAAGGUCACACAUUGAUCUCGUAAUGUACGGUUGGGUCAAGAUUGCUCAGUAAAAUGCCAAAAUUAACACACUCUUCCCUCCAUAAAGAUCUAUAAUUUUGUCAGGAACUUGCGCAUUGAUUGGCAAGCUAGCGGAAUUAAAAGGCUGAUUGGGGAGCAAUUGUUCUGGUAUAUAGUGAAAGGACGUGCCUGACCUGAUAUGUUGGAGUAGGCUUCACCAAGUGCACCCUGAACCAAAGCUGUUGCGUGGGCAGAAGAUGAAGACUCUACCGUAGGAAACAUCAAAGACGAUGGUGGAGAAAUCCCUGGAAGAGCAGUCGAAAGAGAUGGUAGGAGCGCCGAAAGCUGUUGUGUAACUGUGGCUGUUACCGACAAAACCAAUGUUGUGACCAGAUCAUCCGGCAGCGGCGAUGGGAUCACUGUUGGUGCAGGCGUUGGCAUGACAGGCGCUGCGGAGGUUGGAUGUCCGAGAACACAGACUGGCCCACUAGCCUCACCACAAGCAGCCUGUGAACGUAAACCGCGGCGAGGUGCAGCUGCUUGA